CAAGGUGUCAUUAAGGAGUGUAGAGAUGGGUAGGUCGAGUUUUUAUAAUGCGUUGAAGCCACUGCAAGAAAUGGUGGUGGACAUGGCAAUGGGGGGGUGCGUAGGUUAACAACAUGCACCAACUAAUAUAUGUGUUCUGAAAGAGAUUAUUCCAAUGCCCGUCGCUAUCUUACACUUGGGUGUUAAUUAUUAAGAGGGUCCUGAUUUCUCUUUUUUUUUGCUUCUUCUUUUGUGUGUGGGUGUUCUCUGUUGCUAGUUAUGGAGAUCUAAGAGUCUCAGCUCCUGAGCAUUAAAAGAGAUGGAAAUGGGAAGGAAGAGAAUGAGAGAAAAGAGUGGUGGUUUUUGUUCUUCCAUGUCUCCUCCUUCUCUAAUGACUCUUCUAUUCAUCUUCUUUUCUCUCGUCUUCUUGGACCGAUCAGUUGGCGUUACAGCAUUGAAUUACACAAGUCAUAGGAAAGUGGGGACUUUGAGAUUGGCUAGGAUUCAAAGGCACUUGAACAAGAUCAACAAGCCGGCGGUGAAGACGAUACAGAGCCCAGAUGGAGAUAUCAUAGAUUGCGUUCACCAGCAUCGGCAACCGGCGUUGGAUCAUCCGCUCUUGAAGAAUCAUAAGAUCCAAAGAGUUCCAGCAAAGAGGCCUAGAUUGAGUAAAGAAGAAGAGGCGAGGAAUUACACUGGAGAUGGCGGUUUAAGGAGGGCAUGGCAGGCGUGGCACGAGAGCGGUCGGUGUCCGAAGGGGACGGUUCCGAUUAGGAGAAGCUCUGUGGAUGAUGUGUUGAGAGCCAAGUCAUUGUAUCAUUAUGGGAAGAAGCAGCGAAGGCUUCCUAGUCUUGCUAGGUCUCUUGAAGCACCUGAUGUGGUCAGUGGCAAUGGACAUGAGCAUGCAAUCGCAUACACGGGAUCAUCACAAGAAUUAUAUGGAGCCAAGGCUACAAUUAACGUUUGGGAUCCUUCCAUCCAAGUGUCCAAUGAAUUUAGCCUCUCCCAGAUCUGGGUUCUUUCAGGAUCUUUCGACGGUUCAGAUCUCAACAGCAUAGAAGCUGGUUGGCAGGUCAGCCCUGAGCUCUAUGGAGACAGCAGGCCGCGGUUAUUCACGUAUUGGACGAGCGAUGCAUAUGAAGCAACAGGAUGCUACAACCUUCUGUGUUCAGGGUUCAUACAAACCAACAAUAGAAUAGCCAUUGGAGCUGCUAUAUCUCCUGUGUCUUCCUUCUCUGGUAGCCAAUAUGACAUUACAAUCCUCAUCUGGAAGGAUCCGAAGCUAGGCAAUUGGUGGAUGGGAUUUGGAGACAACACGCUCGUUGGUUACUGGCCGUCCGAGCUCUUCACGCACCUGGGGGACCAUGCCACUAUGGUGGAGUGGGGUGGAGAAAUCGUGAACACUCGAUCCAACGGCCAGCACACGUUGACCCAGAUGGGAUCAGGUCACUUCGCUGAGGCUGGCUUUGGCCGAUCGAGCUACUUCCGCAACCUUGAGGUGGUGGAUUCUGACAAUAGUCUCAGCUCUGUGGAAUCCAUCUCUACCCUUGCAGAGAACACGAAUUGCUAUAACAUCAAGAGCUCAUACAACAACGACUGGGGGACCUACUUCUACUAUGGUGGGCCAGGGAACAAUCCCCAGUGCCCUUGACCGUCCAAAGCAUACCAUGGUCACAUGGAUCACCGUUGGAUAAGAUCGGAUCUCUCUGAUUCCAUUCUUUCUUUCCACAAAAUCUCAUAUGUUUCUUUCUCUCCAUGCCAAUAUUUAUUGUAUUUGUGUAAUAUCAAUGGGAAGAGAUAUUUUACACCCCCCCUUUUUGAUAGUUACAACCUUCUUUUCUAGUUUUGGUAAUGAAAUCGUGCAAAUUUACUGUUUUAUUACCCAAACUAGAAAAAUGGGAGUAUCAGUGGUAAAGGGUUAGUGUAAAUAUUCGCUCGUAAUAUCAAAUAGUAAAUCUCUUUGCAUUGUUUAA